UGCCGCGUGUUUAGUACCACUUCGAACGCUUGUCGGUCUCCAUGUGGGGAGAGUGCUCGACGACCGAUCAUCGAGACAGAUUUUCAACAGCUCGCAGCGACUGGAUGUAACGCCACUCAACGGCAACAACGUCGUGCGCCUCCGUUCAUUCCGUUGUCGUAGUUAUAGUCGUAGCCUUCGUUUUAGUUUCGAAUAAAAUAAACUUUCCAAAACGGUUAUUUGUAAUAUUUUUACUUCAAUAUAAGCAGUUUCCCGAAAACUCCACGAACUAACGUUGGAGUUGUGCAAAGAGGUACUCACAGUGCGACAUUCCUCAGAACAUUCUAUACAUUAAGUGCUACUGCCGAUAGACAGAUAAAAACCAAAAUUACUACAUAAAAAUUUAUGUGUUGGAGGAGAUCAAUGCAAAAUUAACUACUGUUGCAUAGUUUAAGAACAAUAUUGAAAAAGUUAUCUAUUGCCCCUUCGUUGCUCUGUGUCGUUGGAAGUGUGGAGUCGUGACUUAUUGGCACCCAAUCGAAGCAUAACAAUCAUGAAGUUGCCCAGAGGCCAACUAGGUCUCUUGGGUGGUGGUGCCCAGCGGCGAAUGACGCACACGUAUCUGUGGUCGCUGAUAUUCGCAAUGUACCUGAUAGCCUUCGUGCGAAAUGAUUACAGUUUCGCCGAUGCCAAGGAAUCGGUAAAGACUUGCAACAAUACUGUUUGCGAUUGUAAAGGAUUGAAGGGACGCCCGGGUGCUAUCGGUCUGAAAGGCUAUCCUGGUCCUGAAGGUCCACCCGGAGAUGUGGGUCCAAUUGGACCAUUUGGUCGUCGUGGUGAAUAUGGCGAUCCAGGCGAAUAUGGCGAACAAGGCGAAAAGGGGCACCGAGGUGAUAUGGGUGAACCGGGGUUAUUUGGUCGAGAUGGUGUACAGGGUCCGCCUGGUGAAGAUGGUCCUAAGGGCAUCUCUGGUAUUGAUGGUUGUGAUGGUAAACCCGGUGAGCAAGGUUUACCCGGUUCACCAGGUCAAAAUGGUCUGCGUGGUCCAUUGGGUAAACCCGGACCACCGGGACCCACUGGUGACGCCGGUGAAGGUGGUAUCAAUUCAAAAGGUACCAAAGGUAAUCGAGGUGUUCAAGGUCCUGAUGGUGUAGAUGGUUUAUCUGGAUAUGUCGGCAUGAAAGGUUAUAAAGGCGACACUGGCCAUCCUGGCAUAGAAGGUGCAAAAGGUGAACAGGGCCUCAAAGGAUAUAAGGGUGACAUGGCAGAACCGGCUAAUUUGCAGCUUUUCGCUGAAGGUGAGACCGGCGAAAAAGGUGAACCUGGCGAUGGUGAAGAAUCUCCACUGAGUAAGGGUGUAACGAUAAAAGGUUACAAGGGAGAUCAAGGAAUGAUUGGUUUGAAUGGUAUUGAUGGUCUCCAAGGCGAAACUGGUGAAUUGGGUAAUGUAGGAUUACCUGGACCUCGUGGUGACUCUGGUGAACCGGGUGAACGUGGAAAACCUGGCAAAGUCGGUGAAGCAGGUUUUUCAGGUGAGAAAGGUUCUAAAGGUGCGCCAGGCUAUAACGGUCGCGAUGGUGAAGAUGGUGUGAAAGGAGAACAUGGAGAUGAUGGUUUUAAUGGAAUUCCCGGUGAACAAGGUCCUGAAGGACCACGUGGUAUUUAUGAUCCCAAUUUGGAUAUAUCUUUUCCUGGACCACAGGGUCCUCAAGGUGACAUCGGUCCACUGGGUAAUCAAGGCCUUACUGGAAUACCUGGAAAGCAAGGCCGUCGUGGUCCAUUUGGUCCUCCAGGUCCUCCCGGUGAUAGAGGUUUAGAUGGUGCGCCCGGUCGUCGUGGUGUAAGUGUUAAAGGAGAUGAAGGAGAUUACGGCUAUAUGGGUCCCCCUGGACCUAUGGGGCCUACUGGUAAUCCAGGUCUACCAGGACGGCCUGGUCAAAUAGGACAACCCGGCUUAAAUUUGAGAGGUCCUAAAGGUUUCGCAGGUAGCGUAGGCAUACCUGCUAGAGAUGGUUUACGUGGAGAUCGAGGUGAAGUUGGAUUGCCUGGUGAUAAAGGUGAACCAGGUGAUGGUGUCAAUAUUGUUGGCCCUCCUGGUUUUGAAGGCUCCCCUGGUAUACGUGGCCCAGCGGGUGUCGAUGGUAUUCCUGGAUGGCCAGGAAUGAUUGGUGACAAAGGUAUUCGGGGAGACGAUUGCGGUAUUUGUCCAGCUGGCCCUAAAGGCACGAAAGGUAUACCGGGUGAUACGGGAUACCCUGGAGUACAUGGCGCACGUGGUCCUGUAGGCUUGACAGGUAAACGUGGUCCGAAAGGUUGGCCUGGCAAUCAUGGUCCAAUAGGUCGGAGAGGAAUUCCUGGUAAUCCUGGAGCCAGCGGCGGGUUGGGACGCCCUGGAAACCCUGGUCGCCCUGGUGUCCAAUACAAUAUUAAUAACAUAGAGAAACCAGAGAGAGGUGAUCUAGGCGAUGACGGCGAACGAGGUGAACAAGGUGUAACUGGGGAUGUCGGUUUAAGGGGUAUACCUGGUGCACGUGGAGCAAAAGGUGAAACUGGACUACGGGGAGAAUACGGUGAUAUGGGACGUCCAGGCAAAGAUGGUUUUCCAGGAAGACCUGGCCGUGAUGGUAAAAAUGGCGUUGAUGCUUCAACGCCCAAAUUUUAUUUGAUUGGUGAAUCUGGACUUGAUGGCCGCAGAGGUGAGCGUGGUGAACCAGGCAGUGAGGGGCCAAAAGGUGACAAAGGUGAACCAACGCCCGGCGAAAUCUACGAUAACAAAGGCGAAGCUGGUGAUGUGGGUUUAGAUGGGUUGUAUGGUGAUACAGGAGAAAAAGGCUUAAAGGGCGAACAAGGCAAUAAAGGAAUAACAGGAGAUAUUGGCUUGCCUGGCCCUACAAUUCAAGGGGAAGUAGGUGCAAAAGGAUGGCCAGGCGCUACUGGAGAUUAUGGAUUGCAUGGAGAACCUGGAAAUCCUGGUCUGAAUGGUUUGCCUGGUGUUGAUGGUAAUGCUGGUCCAAAGGGAUAUCGUGGUGAGCCUGGACGAAGUGUUUUGCAGGGUGAAAUGGGACCUGAUGGAUAUCCAGGAAUUAAAGGAGAAAAUGGAGAUAUCGGAUGGCCUGGUAGUCCUGGGCCCGCUGGUACGCCUGGUAUUAAAGGUGUAAAAGGUGCGAAUGGUGAUUAUGGUGAAUGGGGCAUGAGAGGUUUGCCUGGCAAUAAAGGUCCUCGUGGUGACUACUUGAUUGGUUAUCCUGGUCUCGAAGGAGCACCAGGUAGAGACGGCAGAACUGCCCCUCACGGUCGUAAAGGUGAAAAGGGUGUAACAGGUGCACUGGGUUCUAUUGGCAUGCAAGGCGCUAAAGGUAACAUUGGACACCCAGGACGACGAGGUCACUAUGGUGAACAAGGAAGAUCUGGAGAGCCUGGACAAACCGGAAGCCCUGGUUGGGCUGGAAUCCCAGGUGAACCAGGAGAUCGAGGAGAUAUCGGAUCCGAUGGAAGAUACGGUGAUAGAGGACCACGUGGUGCACUUGGAAACAUGGGACCGAAAGGUCAAUCUGGUGAUGUUGGCCCAAUCGGACGCUCUGGGGCUCUUGGAAUUCCUGGCAAAAGAGGUGCAGUAGGUGAUCGAGGUGUGCCCGGACGUGUUGGCGCUAAGGGUAAUGCAGCAUAUAGCGGCAUUAAAGGUGAAAUGGGUGAAUCAGGUAUAAGAGGACCACCAGGUCUUGAUGGGACUCCUGGUGCUCCGGGAGAACGAGGUCCUGAUGGAGACUCACCAAUUCCAUUAGAUGGUUUACCAGGACCAAAAGGAGAUGCUGGCAUUCGUGGACGUUAUGGUUUGAAUGGCUUAAAAGGUCAAAAAGGUGAACAAGGAGAAUUCGGUUUGGAUGGACGUGUAGGAGAGCAGGGUGAUAGGGGAGACGAAGGAUUAGCCGGGUAUAGUGGUCGCAAUGGAACACCUGGAAGAAAAGGUGUAACUGGAGAUGUUGGAGCGCCUGGUUUCGUUGGGGCAAAAGGUGAUUCUGGUGAUGCAGGCUACCCAGGCAAACCUGGUUUGGUUGGUGAUAGAGGUGAUGACGGUGAGGCGGGAGCUAUAGGUGCACAAGGUGAACGCGGAGAUGAAGGCUACCCAGGUCGAGAUGGCGUAUUGCUUCGUGGAUUCGCAGAAAGAGGUGAUAAGGGUGAUAGAGGCUUUCAAGGCGUACAAGGACCUAUUGGUGAAUAUGGUCCCGAUGGCGCCCUUGGAUAUCCUGGUUUCAAAGGAGAACGUGGAGACAUUGGGUUCAGUGGAGCUGCUGGUCAGGACGGAUAUCCUGGUGAUAAAGGAGCAUCGGGAGAUAAAGGUUAUCCUGGAGCAAUUGGUCCAAUCGCUUCAUUUAUCGAAAAUGGUGACCAGGGUGAGCCCGGCUAUGAUGGUUUCCCUGGACGUCCAGGACGUUUGGGUCCUAAAGGUGCUCCUGGAGAGCAAGGUGAAUAUGGUGAAAAUGGUUUAAUUGGUUUUCCAGGCAUUUCUAUAGUUGGACCGAAAGGUCAAACUGGAGAUGCUGGUUAUACCGGCCCACCAGGUCGUAAUGGUUUGCACGGCAGAACCGGCCUUAAAGGAGAACGUGGCGAUGAUGGCUAUCAAGGUGAACGUGGUGAAAUAGGCUUUGCAAUUCGUGGCAGAAAUGGUGACGUGGGAGAUAUCGGUCUAACAGGAGAAACCGGCUUCGAUGGGCUUAAAGGCGAGCAAGGCGCUCAAGGAUAUACAGGACGACCUGGACCAGUUGGUUUGAAGGGACUUCGUGGACCUCAAGGUGAUGCCGGUUGGAGUGGUGUUGAUGGCUUGAAUGGUCUUGAGGGAAUAAAGGGUGAACAAGGAGUUACGUAUGAUUUUAGUUCUGCGCGUCCAGGUGAUCGCGGAGAACCAGGUCUUGCAGGCUUCAAAGGAGAAAGGGGUGACAUUGGUGAAGUUGGUCAAUCGGGAAGCAUUGGACGCCGCGGCCUCAAAGGUUACCAAGGUGAUCAAGGAUUCAUGGGUGCUAUAGGCCUUGAUGGUCCAAAAGGUGAGCAAGGAAUGCCCGGUGUUGAAGGCCCCCCCGGCCUUGACGGACUACCAGGCCCUAAGGGCCUAGUUGGCACACCUGCCCCACCACCACCAUUGCCAAAGAGUCGCGGUUUCGUAUUCACUCGUCACUCACAAUCAGUAUCCAUACCAGAAUGCCCGAUUAAUACAAACAAGUUAUGGGAAGGUUACUCUCUUGCUGGAAAUAUUGGCAGCAGUAUGGCCAUUGGUCAAGACCUGGGGCUAUCAGGAUCCUGUAUGAUGCGUUUCACUACAAUGCCAUAUAUGUUCUGUGAUGUAAACAACGUAUGCAAUUAUGCGCAAAACAAUGACGACAGCUUGUGGCUUUCCACUGCGGAACCAAUGCCCAUGACCAUGACUCCGAUACAAUCUUUCGAUCUGAUGAAAUUCAUAUCACGUUGUGUAGUUUGCGAAACAACAACACGUAUCAUUGCACUACAUAGUCAGAGCAUGAGCAUACCAGAUUGUCCGAAUGGCUGGGAAGAAAUGUGGACCGGUUACAGUUAUUUGAUGACUACAACUGAUAACACCGGUGGUAUUGGACAAAGCUUGGUAUCGCCUGGAUCUUGUCUAGAAAACUUCCGCAGCAACCCGGUUAUUGAAUGCCAUGGACAUGGUCGUUGCAACUAUUACGACCCGCUCGCUUCUUUCUGGUUGGCGGUAAUUGAAGAGCAUGAACAGUGGUUACAACCUCGCCAGCAGACUUUGAAAGCAGACCAAACGAGCAAAGUAAGCCGUUGUACCGUUUGUCGUCGCAAGAACGAAUCAUACCUUCGACGUGCACCGUCGGUGAAAGCUUCUGCAAAUGAGUUCCGUCGUGGACCCAUUCGUUACGCACCAGAUCCACGCCCUGUAGAAUCAUUGCCGAUUCGUCAAAGACCAGCGCCUUAUCGACCGUUAAGCCGACGUCCGAUUCUAGGAGGUCGUACCUACAAUUAUGGUGGUUCAAAUACAAAUCGCGCAAAUUUCAUACGGCGUCCACGCGAAGAUACGUUCGCGCCGUAAGUCCCCAAUUACUCGAGCUGCCAUUCUUUCACAAAGAAAAAUAGUUAGAAGCUUACUUUUUAAUUAAAACAAAGAAUUUCAUGAAAUUAACUACUAAAUAAAAUAACAAUAAUCAGAAUUUGAGUAUAUAAAUAAUGAAAAAAUGUAUGUAACAUUUACAAAUAAAUCUUAGGUUAUGCAAGGAAUGCCUUUUAGUGCAAUUGCGAUGAAACAGGAAACUCUUGUAAAAUCUUUCUGCGUCCUUCUUUAAUAUUUUACAUACGUAUAUGAACUACCAUUUUAUACUUAUGGGUAUAUUGAGUAAACAUUUGUGAUUUUUGGUCAUAUGCACAUAUGGCAGUAAUAUCCAAUUGGUUGAAAAAAUAAUUAUCGAAAAAAUUGUUAGAGCCAAAAAAAUAAAUUUCGCACACAAAAUACUGCCGAGCAUGCGUUAAUAUUUUAGAGAAAAUACGAUAUACAUAUUAAACUUGUGUAAUUCUAGUGUUUGCAAAUACAGCCGAAUGCAAGCCAAAACAAUGUAACUUAACUAUUUUACUAUCUAAUUAUAUUAAUGUAAAUAAUAGUAAUGAUGAAAAAGUUAAAAAUAAAACAAGAUAUUUUGUUAA